CUGUAAUGGCAUGGUGUGCAGUGAUGGAACCAGUGUUGUUCUGUGUUUUGGUAGUCUCGAUGAUCUUGCUAAUCACAUUAGCAAUUUGGCUGCAGGGUUUGGUGGAACAGAAAAACUUUUUGAGAUAGCUGGUGUUGUUGUGACUGUUGUGGCUGAUAGAAAACGUCACUUGGAGGUGACUGAUGUUUCCAAAAAGUUAAAAAUGGCUGACAUUUCUAGUACAUGUGCAUCUGAUGUCGAAGUAGUCAGUGUUGUUACCACACAGCAUGCCUUUUGUCCAAUGCUUCAAAAUGACUCCAAAGAUGUGUGCCAACUUUUGAAUAUAGAUUGUGAAGUCAAAACUGUGCCUGUCAAUUUGCGUGUUGGACCCUUGGGAGCUCCCUGUAAAAAGGAGAGCAUUGUUGCUGACGGCAACUGUUUUUUCCGUGCCAUAUCACAAGCGGUGAGUGGCACACAGAAAAAUCACAGGAAAAUUAGACUCCAUGUGGUUAAACAUAUGGAAAAGCACUGUGAAGAUUAUGAGAAGCUUCUCAGGAGUGAGUACAAUUGUUUGACAGAGUAUAUUAGUGUUUCCAAAAUGAAAUAUGUCAAUAGCUGGGCAACUGAGGUGGAAAUUCAGGCUGCAGCGGAUAGUUUAGGAAUAAAUAUCUUUACUUUUUACGGUGGUCAUUGGUUGAGAUAUAGUUCAACGUCAGAAUCCAGUCGUGGGAUUUAUUUGGACAACUCGAGUGGUAAUCACUAUGAGUGUGUGACAUGUGUCAAUGAGGGCCUGUUAGGAAGUUGCUUUGGCAUUUGUCGGAGUGGUACACCUGAUAGCAGUCAGCAUGAUACCAGGUCUCACAAGCAUUUGGACAAUCAAGAAAUUUGUGAAGAUAUUGGUUCAAAUGAUGUGAAUAGGGCUGUUGAACCAAUCAAAGAAAAACGCCAGUCCAUGAUUACACUUAUCAAAUCAAAUCAAAUCAACUUUAUUUGUAGAGCACUUUUCCUGCAAGGAGAUGCGACACAAAGUGCUUUCCAGAAUUAAAACAAUUACCACAAUUAAAAAGGAAAACAAUGAAGAAAAAAGAAAGCCCCUCCUUCCCACCCUCCAUACUAGACCCACACACACACACACGCAAGCACACAAUCACCCACAUUAGGGAGACAUGGCAUGGUACUGAGGAACAAGGAAACGCCACCUUUGGGGCCGUCCACACUGGGAGAAGCUGCAGGCCGUGCCAUCGGAGGACCAGCACCCGGGCCCUCCGACUCCGUUAGACGGGCGGACCCCCACAUUAAAAGGGAGGAACCCCCCAGCCGGCCGUGUCGAAGGGACCCAAGGAUGGCACCCCCUCAGCAUACCCAAACAGCCCCCAGUGUGGAGGACCCCCCUGAGGAAACACUGGAGUUGGAGCUAAAGACUAAGACCAUAAAAUAGGACUAAAAGAUAAAACAUAACACUGGAGUUAAAAACUGAAGAUUAAGAGCAUAAAAUAGGACUAACAAGAUAAAAACAAAACACUGGAGUUAAAAGGUGAAGAAUAAGAACAUAAAAUAGGACUAAAAGGAUGAAAACAUAAUAAAAGCUUAACAAUAUUAGUUAAAAGCCUGAUUAAAAAGGUGCGUCUUUAAUCUUCUUUUAAAAAUAUCAACAGUCUCCGCAGUCCUGAGGCUCUCCGGCAGGCUGUUCCACAGGUGGGGGCCAUAGUGGCUAAAUGCUGCCUCACCGUGGGUUUUUGUUCUGGGUUUUGGUUUCGCUAAAAGGCCAGUGCCGGAGGACCGCGGGGUCCGCGGGGGUUGAUAUGGUAAAAGCAGAUCAGAUAAAUAAGAAGGGGCAAAGCCGUUAAGACAUUUAAAAACCAGUAAGAGAAUCUUAAAAUCGAUCCUGAAGCGGACGGGGAGCCAAUGCAGCGACUUUAAAACCGGUGUAAUGUGCUCCCGCCCUCUGGUCCUCGUCAGCACACGUGCGGCUGAGUUCUGUAAUAAUUGGAGAUUUAAAAUACUUUUUUUGGGAAGACCAGAGAGCAGGGCAUUACAGUAAUCUAAACGACAGGAUAUAAAAGCAUGCGUUAGCACCUCCGUACUGGCCUGAGAGAGAAACGUGCGGACUCUGGCUAUGUUCUUAAGGUGAUAAAAAACUAUUUUUGUUAUAUUUUUAAUAUGUGGGAUAAAAUUUAGCUCAGAGUCAAAAAUCACGCCCAAAUUUUUAACAGAGUCGGCUAGUUUAAUAUCCUGUAAUUUUGGUAAAAGUUUCUCUCUCUGGCCUUCAGGACCUAUGACUAAAACCUCAGUUUUGUCCUGGUUGAGCUGCAGGAAAUUCUCUGCCAUCCAUGACUUGAUGUCUACAGUGCAGUUAAAAAGGGCAUCAAGUGGCCCUGAGUCAUCAGGAGACACGGCGAUGUAUAGCUGUGUAUCAUCAGCAUAACUAUGGAAGCUGAUGCCGUGCCUCCUGAUCACGUCCCCAAGGGGAAGCAUGUACAGAUUAAAAAGGAGUGGACCUAAGAUUGAGCCUUGAGGAGCCCCACAUUCAAUUUCAUGGGUUCCUGAGGAACAUGUAUCCAUACUUACAUAAAAACAUCGGCCUGUGAGAUAAGAACAAAACCAGUUAAGAACAGUACCAGAGAGGCCGACCAGGUAUCUAAGUCUAUUUAAUAAAAUGUGAUGGUCCACUGUAUCAAAAGCAGAGCUUAGAUCCAGUAGAACCAAGACUGUGAGAUUCUUGUUAUCUAAAUUCCACCUGAUGUCGUUUAAAAUCUUUAAAAGUGCUGUCUCGGUACUGUGGUUCCUCCUAAAGCCAGACUGAUGUUUCUCUAAAAUGCUAUUUCUGUUUAAAAAAGUCAUUAAGUUGGUAAAAAAACAGUUUUUCUAAAAUUUUACUUAAAAACGGCAAGUUGGAUACGGGUCGGUAAUUAUUAAGAUUGUUGGGAUCUAAAUUGCUCUUCUUCAGAAGGGGCUUCACCACCGCCGUUUUGAAGGCGGUGGGGAAGACACCCGUCUGAAGAGAGCAAUUCAAGAUGUUUAAAAACUGCUCCUCAAGGAAUCCAUAAAGUGAUUUUAAAAGUGAUGUGGGAAUUGGAUCUAAAAGGCAGGUUGUUGGGCUUACUUGGGAGAAAACUCGACCAAGUGUCCUUGCAUCAACCAGGGCAAAACUCUCCAGUCUCUCCUCAGGCAAGGACAACAGUCCAGGUGUGUUAACAGGCAAAACUUUCUGGGGUAACAGGCAGGAUCUGAUGUCCUUGAUUUUAGUUCUGAAGUAGUCUGCAAAGUUUUCACAAAGAUCGUCUGUUGGUGUCUUAAAAACUUUAUUAAAAUUUGUGCCUGUUAAAAUAUUAAAGGUGGAGAAGAGGAACCGGGGAUUGUUUUUAUGGUUGGAAAUGAGUUGUGAGAAAUGGGAAAUUUGUGCCUUUUUUACUGUAUUAUUGUAGGUUUUGAGUUGUUGACAUAAAAUCUCGUAAUGAACUGUCAAUUUAGUUUUUCUCCAUCUUCUCUCAGCACUCCUGCAUUUUCUUUUCAGUUUAUUGAUCUCAUCGUUAUUUCUCCACGGGGGUGUAGGUUUCCUUUUUAUUGUUUUUGUUACAAGUGGAGCUACUGAGUCCAGAGUUGACUUCAGUUUACUGUUAAAAUUAUCAACGAUAAAAUCACAAGGUGCAGGUAAAAUUUCAGCAGGAGUGCUCUGUAAAAUCUCAAUAAAAUUUGCAGCCACUUCAGAAGUUAGAUAGCGUCUCCUCACUGUUCUCACCGGGGCCUCCUCCUGGUUAAAACUGGUGAUGCUAAAAAAUACACAGUAGUGGUCGGACAUAGCCAGGUCAACAACAGAGGACACACCGAUGGACAGGCCAUGGGUUAUGACCAGGUCCAGGGUGUGUCCUCUGUUGUGAGUUGGCUGUGUGACGUGCUGCUUAAAAUCAAGACAAUUUAAAAGGUUUAAAAACUCUCUGGAUAUUGGAUCCGAGGUGUCAUCAACAUGUAGAUUAAAAUCACCAGAUAAUAAAAUCCUGUUAUAAGA